UUUAGGUUUAUUGAUUGUGAUUUAGGAAUCAAUGCUUGUGAAAUCCUCACUUAACACAAAUUCACUCAAGAGAUUGGGGAGUUGUGAUUAAGUGUGAGGAUUAUUAUCCAAGAGAUUGAGAAUAAUCAUUUUAUUGAUUCAAUCUUGAAGCUAGUUGAGUAAUUCAUGAGUGUAUAAUAUGAUUCACUAAACAAAUUACUUUAAGAUGAACCGAAGAGAUCCAACCGCCCGCCAACCGUUCGAUAAAAUUCCAAUUUUCGUUUUCAACAAAUUCUUAUGAACAAAUCCCCCCAAAUAUUCUUUUAUUUUCUUUUAAGCAUUGGUUUAAUUGUUUUGGUUCAAAGUUAAAGACAAUCCUAGUGGACACGAUAUCUUAAUUACUACUUGACGAUAAUUGUAUACUUGCAAUUUAUCUAUCAAGUUUUUGGCGCCGUUGCCGGGGAUUGUCGAUUAUUCGACAAGGCAACUGGACCUUUGCUUAAUUUUUUAUUUUUUUUUUGUUUUGUUAUUGUUCUUAUACUUAGAAAAUUCAAAAACAUUUUGCAUUCUCUUCAUUUCUUGUUAGUAGUAGCUAAUAUUUCUUGUUUGUUUCCCUUUGUAUGCGAGGUACAAAUUCCGGUGAUCUUCAAUACGAUCCGGAGAUCGAAAAAACUGCAAGAGCUAAUUGGAAAGCGGUAAGGGAAGCUAGGCGAGCAGCUAGGCUUGAACAAAGAGUGAGUGAAGACGAAUUCUGGUGUAAAGAAGUGGUCUGAAGCUGAAGAUAUUCAACUUUCUGUGAUCCUGAGCUGAGGAAUUGAAGAUUGAAACUUAUUUUUGACAUUCCGACAUGAGAGAUAUGUUUCUAAACACAUUUAAAGCUCAUAAAAUCAUUGUGCCAAUUUUUUCAAAUAUUAAAAUAAUGCACAGGCACGAUCUCAACAAAAUCUCUAAUUUUAUCGAUGACAAAACGACAAAUACACAAAUAUUAGGAUUAAAGACACCAAAAAGAUAUUGAAUCUCGUUCUAGCUCUAGCUAAAAUUACGGGUCUUACAAAAAGAGAGGAACUUCGUGAAAGAGGGAAAAAAGCACAGAAUAAUUAUGAAAAAUUGUUGAAGGAAGUUAAGAAAUUUCUGCAUUGUUAGAAAUGGGACCAAAGAGACAAUCUCAAAUCAGCACAUCCAAGAGGCUGAGGUCAGCACCUGAAAGCUCCUCCAGAGGGCCUAUUCAGCAGCACAAUGCUUCAAAGUUUAAGAGCAUCGAUCAUGAAAGGAGGUAUUGUCAUAGAGGAUAAGUGACUUAUUCCUGAAAAAGUGAUAACUUUGACGAUACCAGGGCAAUAUGCUAGUAUUGGUCUUGAAAUCAAAAGAAAAGGCUAGGGAGUCCUUGCACAACCGGAAAGGAACAUCAAUAUAGACAUUGUGCGGGAGUUCUAUGCUGAUGCCUACUCAACCCAGCGAAAUCCAAUUGAGAGAGUCACAUGGGUCAGAAGGCGUCAAAUAAGAUAUGACAGAGACGCUAUCAACACUUUCUUGGGAGAUCCGUUUGAGUCUAUUCCAAAUGAGCUAGAUGCCUUUGGGAAGCUGGUAGCUAGAGGAAAUUGGGAUCAUAACCUUAUUGCUUCUUAUAUUUUCAAAGAGGGGAAGACAGAUGGUAGCUCGGUUAGAUUCAAGAGCAGGAUUUGUUACCUGAGGCACAAAUGUGGCUGCUCUUGAUCCUCCACAACAUAAUACCGAAAAGCCACACGUAUUCUGCACCUAUGGAUAUUUCUCAUCUGUUAUGGUAUCUUAUGACAAGUAAAGAAAUUGAUGUUGCCAGGAUCAUAUCCAAUGAACUCCAUGACAUCGUUAUUUCACGAUUGGACCAGGCCAAGUGACCUCUAGCAUUUCUAGGGUUGAUCAUGGGUUUACGCCGGAAAGCAAGGGUACCUAUUCAAUCACAAGUUCACUUGAUUUUGUACAAAGACACACCAACACAGAACUGAUGCUCCUGCACUGCUUGCUGCCCUGUUUGUUUUAAUGAUUGGGAUCCACGCUUCCUUUCCAGUUUUACUCAUAGCUGGAACAUUGUUGAUGCCCAAUAUAGGGCUUUUACUUUCUAUGCAUGAUUCCAUGUGUAGGUUGCAGCUGCAGAUCCUGGAUCCUACCUUUGCUGCUGAGGCCUUUGUCUCUCGUAUCUCUUGGCCUGAGGUCAGGCCAUGGAGGGUGUGAAUUUUGCGCAAACUGGUGGACACAAACAAUGAGGGCUAGAGAACAAUGUGGUCAAUUCUAUUCCAUUGUGAGGACAAUAUGGAUUUAAUGUCAGAUUUAACUUAAUUUUCUAAUAUUUACUUUAGUUGUCAUCCUUUAUUGCACUUGAAAUUUUAGGAAGAGUCACAAAGCUCUUAAGAAUGUGAAGACAAGGAAGUUUGGAUAGCUAUCAAUAUUAGAAGAGAAGCAAUUAUGGAGGUUAAUCAAUCUUCUAUAUGCAGAGGAUAAUGUCUCCUCAUCCACAUGACAUGUGAAGAAAGGUCUCCAUAAUCUAUAAAUAACGAGUGAACAUGAAAACUAACUCAAACUAAAAUUGGUUGCAUAACAAAUAAAUAACUUAUGUCUUGUUAUAGAAAAAGAUGUUUGCACUCCUUAAUGGUUUUGUUACACACCCUUUCAAAAAGAGUCCUCAAGAAUUCUCCAACUCUAUUCCUCUCUUUGAGUUGUUUUCGUACAAUAUUUCAGUGAAACAUAAUGAUAAGUUCUGGAGUGAGGUGAACAAUUUAUUUACAGUUCUCAACUUUAAGUAAAGGAAUGAUCUACAAUUCUGUACUUAAAAGAUCAGUUUUAUCUCACAAAUGUGUUUCUUUUCUUAGUAACACAAAUUUGCUAUCAACUGGUCAAGUUAGGAGUCAAUAUGCAACUGGUCAGUAUCUUUGUAUAUACCAGAUAAUUUUUAUUUGUUCAUUACUUUUCACAUGCUAAGAUCAAUAGUUCAAAGAGCUGAAUCAUCCAUUUUCUUAUUCUCAACACCAACAGACACCUUCCAAAGUUGUUUUGAAUUAGAGAUUAUCUUAAGGGAAACACAUUUUUAGAAUCUUUUAUGUCAGUACAUUCUAUUUCAAUACAAAUAUAUCUCCAUCAUAGAAAAAACUACUCAUUUAAUUUGGCUUUAACAUAAGUAUAUGUAGUAAAAAAAAACUAGUCAUUCAUCAUCAACAUUUUCAGUUAAGUCCCCAAAGAGCAUUAUCUUCAUUCAUUCGAGAUGAUGUUGAAUACAUAUUUGGUUAGUAUUACAUUUCUUAAAGUCAAUACAAAAUGGACUUAUAAGAUGAUGAUUGUACUCACUUGUAAAUCAUGCUCUCAUGAGCAUUAGAGAUGAAUGUAUUCACACCAAUGAUGUGUGAGUACAUGCCUCUAAAUAGAAGCCACCAACUCUAACAAGAAGUUCCUAUAGUACACCACAUUCCCCUCAUACUCCUAUUUCAUUCAACACCACAAUUUUGAAUCUGUUACAACCCACAUUCCCACCAUUUUCAGCAAAAGCCACCAUUAUUGGUGCUAAACCCUUUUUCUUUUCAAAGUUUCAAUCUUUCGGCUUCUCAUGGAACAUCAACCGAAAAUCGAACCUGGGUUUGGUUCAAGUGACCAUAGAAACUUGGAAGACAUGAGCAUUGGAACUGGUUUUGGUGUUGCGAACAGCGUUUCUGACUGAAGACUUUGAUAGAGUUGAAGAGGUUUUAGUCAGUCGAGAUAACAGACUCCAAACAGAGGUUUUUCAUCUUCUAGAGAAGUUUGAAUUGGAGAAACUUACGAGGUUUCAAGCUGAGGAAGAUUUGAGGAAAAGGGAGGAACUGUGUGAAAGAUACAAGAAUAAUUAUGAAACAUUGUUGAAGGAAGUCAAGAAAAAAAGUAAUUUAACCGAAAGAAACAACGUUGGAGAGCUAAGAAAGAAGAACAAUGAAUUGGCAUUGGAAGUUUGUGAGCUGAGAAAGUUGAAGAAAAAAUGGAAGGGUGAUAGCAAUGCUCUUGCUGAGCUUAGAAUCAAAGUUGGUGUUUUGGAGAAUGACAAAGAUUCAAUCUUUGGAGUGAAAAAUAGCGAGUUAGAGAAAUUAAUGAAGAGUGAGUCUCUUGCUGAUCCUUGGAUUGCUGAUUUUGAUGACAAAGAUGAAGAGAAUGUUGGUGACAAUGGGAUUGGCAAUGACACUGUGGAGCCUACUCCUUUGCAAAGAAAUGAACCGCCGAGCAAAAGGAGCAAGAAUGCUCAAGGUGCAUCAUCAUCAGUCAUCUCACAAAUGAAAGGUGCUUCGAGUUCCCGACAUCCUCCUAUUUCCUCUAUGCGUAAGAGCCUUUUGGCAGCCAGACAUGAACCUUUGUCUGAGGAAUCAUUUCCUGGAGGACCGUAUGACAUGUCCGUCCUUACAUCAUUUGAGGAUCACAUUUCUGCUCGGAUAUGGCGCGGAGAGGAACGGGAGCCCCUUAGAGUGAUUGCACACGGGAAGAAAUUGAAGAAGUUCAUUCCUACACAGCUACCUCAGCCGAUACUGCAAGCAGUGAAUACAGCUGGUUUGGCAUCACUGCUGCGUUCCAGUUUCAAAAUGACCGACAUCUCACUUGUGUCUGCUUUUGCUGAAAGGUGGCAUCAAGAGACUAAUACUUUUCACCUGCCAAUUGGAGAGAUGACCAUCACACUAGACGAUGUAUCAUGUUUACUGCACCUACCAAUCAGCGGUGCUUCCUUCAGUCCACCAGAGAAGAUGGAUACAAACACUGCAUGUGCUUGUGUAAUGGCACUGUUAGGGGUAUCAUAUGCCAAGGCAAUGUCAGAGAUGAACCAUACCAAGCGUUCUCAUCUUCGUUUGAGUUGGUUGCGGGAGAUUUAUGCGGAAAAAUGUGCAGAGCAGCAAUGGGAGCAUGCAUCAAGGGCAUUUCUUCUUCAUUUGGUAGGCUGUACUAUUUUGGUAGAUAAGAGUCAUGCUUUUGUGGAUAUAAAAUACUUGGAGUUGUUCCGGGACCUGAACAAUUGUGGUAAUUGGUCAUGGGGUUCUGCAGCUCUUACUAUCCUCUAUAAGUAUCUCGGUGAUGCCAGUAUGCAUUAUACUAAACAGAUAGGAGGUUAUAUCACCCUUCUACAGGCAUGGAUAUAUGAGUAUUUUCCAAAUAUUUGUGACCGGAUAGAGAAUGAUGGAUACUCCGGACAGUUGUGUCGAGCUUAUCGUUGGAGACCUGUCAAGGGAACUGGUGAGGUUCAACCCUAUCGCAGGAAGCUAGAUGAUUUGACGGCAGAUGAUGUUAUUUGGACAGCUUUCCAGGAUCAUAGGCAGUAUCGAGGUUUCGAGGACAUUUCUAUGUUUUCGGGUUACAUCCAGUGGGGUAAGAUCAUGGUACCAUACCUUCCGGAGAGGGUACUAAGACAAUUUGGAUAUGUUCAGGACAUUCCUCGAUCACCACAGUCAAUUACAGCUGUCAGGCUCUCCAUUGCUGAAGUAGAUGCGAGGUGGUUAGGUUAUUCCGAUUAUGUCGUUCAUACUUUCAACAGAGUAAGUCAGGCUACUUAUCCAUCAGAGUGCACUGACAAAUACUUUGAAUGGUAUCAUACCAUCUCGCAUCCAUAUAUUAUUCCGCCAGUCAUGCAAGGCAAUGAAAAUAAAACAAAAUCGAUGUCCCAAGUUCCAAGUAGUGUUGCUAAACAGUGUUGGAAUUAAUAUUAGUAUUGGGAGUUGUAUCAAUUAUAUACAGGUUAGUGAUGCCACUAGAACAUGUCAGGUCAGGUGGCACAUCUAGCAGAUUGCUCUGAUUGAUACACACACAAUGGUGGCACUGGUUGAACAUAGCGCAUAGUGGGAAUGAGGAAGGACUUAGAUAUGAGAUAACUAAGAAGGUUCCAUCCAUCUCUUGAUGUAUUUUGAUGUUGAAAACCUUUGUAUCAACUCUAUUUUUUUAAUAUUACUCAUUUUGCAAUAUAUAU